GCAUUUGUGAUUGAUGUAAGGGAAAAUAUGUCAAAAUGGCCGCUGCUCCCUCCGAAGCAGACAAAUUGCGUCAACAAAUUGCAUUUUUAACAAAUCUGAUAAAUUCUGCUCGGGCUCCAGGACAACCAGCCGUUCAUAGCAUGAGACAUCCAUCUCAAACCUCACCGAGCUAUGGGCAGGUCAGAGGCCAGAUGAGGCCACAAUGGAACAACUCUUUCAAUAUUGGAAGGCCCACAUAUAAUCAGCCAAGAUUUCCUACAAGUUUUCCAUAUGGUGUUUCCAACCGCACACCUGCUGUUGCAGCACCAUCUCGUGUGAUGAUGGGAGCAGGUAAUCGUCAGUUCCCACUUGCCAACUCAGCUCCUGUUGUCUCUCACCAGGCCCACAGAGCUGCUGGAACUUCUGUCUUUAACAGACCAACACAAAUGAACAUUUCCAGGACAGUUUAUCAGCCAAACUUAAACCAACCAAGCAAUCAAAAUAUAGCUGUGAGUUCCAAUAAUAUCAGGAGUGUUAUAGGAUCGCCUAUUGUUCGGCAGCAGCAACAACAACAACAACAACAACAACAACAGCAACAACUACUAUCACAUGCUCGGAUGCUUCAGCAGGACGUGUUACAAAGACGAGGAGUUCCACAAGAUGCAAAGAUUGGUGCUAAUUAUAUGCAGAUGUCUCGCCACAAUGCAGAUAUAUGUGUUGAGGCAUCACAAGCAGCACACACUGGAAUGCUACCUGGACAUCAUGUAUCUGCUGCCUCACGAAUGCAGUCUUUACAGACGAACACCACCUCGCAGGAUGUGCUCACGCCAGAUUACCUUAGAUCUGCCCUGGUUCCGUCAAGGCCUGGGAAUUCUACAUCAGCCUCCAGUUCUAAUGAAGAACCUAAAAUGCAGCAGAUGGCAGUAUUAAUGGAGGAAUUACAAAAGACACAAACGAAAAUCCAAGCACUGCAAAAUCAGCUUCUGAAUACCCCUCAGAACACUCAGCCUCCACAGCAGCAGCAGCAGCAGCCUGCUGCUUUCCAGUCUCAGGUUGCCAUUCAGUCCAUUGCUACUCCUGGGGGGAGUUGCAAUGAGGAUGCAGUCAGCAAUGAUGAAUCCAGCUUCUGGAAUUUCAGCAGUGCAUGCCUCCUCUGCGAUAGGUCACCCACUGGCCCAGACAAACAAAGUGUGGUCAAGAUAUGGAGCUGGUCAGCCUGUCCAGUUUGUGAGGAACAUGUCAAGCCCACAGGUGGUUGGGAGGCCCAUUACUGCAGCACCCGUUUGGAACAAAUUCCAUGCUGCUCGUCAGGUUUCUCAGCACACAGCAGCUCUGACAGGUUCUGGUAUAGUGAAACCUUUACAUAGACAUAUGUCCCCAUCAGUCAUCAACACCAGGUUUCAGUCGCAGGUGAUGGCUAAUAACAUCCAGCAAUCAGUUCAAGCUGCCCAGACUCACAGUGUACAGCAGUCAGGUACGUCUCAAGUGAUGAUGAGUAAGUACAAGCUGCAGAAAACAGUGCCAGGUAUCGGUACUGCACACACUAUCGUCAGCAAGUACAAGAUAGAAAAGUCAGACAUGUAUGGUAACAGAAGCAUACAGAUGAACUACUUCAACAGUAAGUACAUGAUACAGCCUACUCGAUACAGACCCAGCUAUGUACCCCGGUACAUGUCUCGAUAUGCCCUCCCACCCACCAUGCACAGGUACCCCAGACGCUACAUGUGGAGAGGAGUCCCGAGAGUAUGGCAGGCCUAUCAACAGAGGGCAGCACCGUGGAGUGCACAGGCAGCUUCAUCGUACCAGCAUGUCGGAGGUUACACAGGCAGGUAUCCACAAUCAACAUCUCGGGUCUGGAAAAAGCACCAGUGGUUGUCAUGGAAACAGAAAUCUCGUUUGACCAUGAAAAACCUUUUGCAGAAGAGGUUACAUCUUCUGAGGAGAUCCAACAAGCAUCGUGUGUCUCGACUGAAAUUUGAUCGGCGUCAAAAAGCCACUGUGGGAAGACUUGCCAUUAAAGAUAGCCCAAGGCUGGCCAUUGAAGACAGCCCAAGGCUGGCCAUUGAAGACAGCCCCAGGCCGAGGUCCUCCAGACAUGUCCUCAUCAAUGGCAUACUAUACAAGUCCUCCAGUACCACUCUGACCAAAGCAGUACCCCCACAGAAGGCACCAGCAGCAGGGGUGGGAACAAGAGCCCAACCCCUCACUGGCAAGACGAGAUCAGUUGUUGUCAAACAGCUGAAUGCAGCUGCCAUGAAGACCAUCUCGGUGAGAGGAGUCAAGUUCCGUAUGGAUUCCUCAGGACGCAGUCUCCAGCGUAUUGACCAGACCCAGUCUCCGACCAAGUCUGUAGGUAGGAAGCAGCACAGAGCAGAGAUCAAGCGUGUGGACAUCGGCGGUGUUACAUUCAUACAGACGAAACCGGGGACACUCGUACGAUCUACGACUGUCCGAACCAGAGCUGUUGCUAGUCGUGUGAAGAGUCGAGUCAUCAUAGCUGCGACAAACAGCCUGCAUAAGGACAACACCAAGUCUGUGAAUGGCUACUGCGUCUUCUACAACAAGUUUGGUCGGUGCAGGCUGGGUACAAGAUGUCCUUACAAGCAUGAUCCAAACAAAGUUGCUGUCUGUACACGGUUUUUGAGGGGAACAUGCAAGGUGGACUCCUGUCCCUUCUCACACAAAGUGGCGCGGGAUAAGAUGCCAGUGUGCUCCUACUUCUUACGUGGCUUGUGUAACCGUGACGACUGCCCUUACCUGCAUGUCAAGGUCAGCAAGGAUGCAGAGGUGUGCCAGGACUUUGUUCGAGGGUUCUGUCCACGUGGAGAGCAGUGUUCAAAGAAGCACACCCUGAGAUGUCCAACAUUUGCUGAAUCAGGGUCGUGUCCACGAGGCAAGAAGUGCCCCAUGCUGCAUAAGAGAAGCGCCAAGAGACUACAGACGAACAGACCAAAUGGUUCAGCAAAGAGUGAUGAACAGAGACAAUCUGAGGAUGUGACAGCUGCCUCGGACCAAACAGCAGCUUCAACGGCUGCUGAUACAGCUGCCAGAGAGACAGUAAAGACAGAUGGAAGCACAAACAGUGAUGAAGGCUCUAGUCAAAAGACAUCUGUUGAUGCCUCAACCAUGGCAUGUGAUGAUUUGCUGGAAUUAACCUCAACUGCUAGUACGUUGACGGAUUCCCAAUCUGGACCCAGUGCUGCACCUGUGGUGGAAGAUAGGUCAGAUUCUGCAGACAGGUCUGAAAUUGAUUCUGUGAAUGUUUCCAAACACAGCAAUCUUGAUGGUGAGUGUACACCUUCCUCUGCAUCAGUCAGUACUGAUGGAAAGGCAAAUGUUGCUGGAUCAGAAGAGAAGACUGUGACAACACCGACAGAGGUUGCGAGCAGCGACGCGAGCGUCGGGUGACUGUGGUGCAAAUGCAAGUGUUCAAGCAAAUGACAGUAAGACCACUGCAGAAGCUUGUGUUCAGACCACAUCAGACAUGUGUGUUCAGACAAAUGAUCCAGACUCCCCUUCUCCAGAGAAGUUACCCUCGUUCAUAUCCCUGGCAGAUAUCAGUGUGAAUGAGGAGAACCCUGGGAGCAAGUCGGAUGGAGGCCAGGCCGGUACAGAUUAGAUCUCUGCACAUCCGCCUCGCUUGUGAUGAUUAUUGACUGUACUUAACCAAGGACUGUCAUUCUAGCACUUUAUGGAGGCAGUAGCAAGAAAGUGCAUGAUAGACAACUUCUUUAUAUACAUUUGAGUCAAAUAUCUGUGCAGAUUCUAGAUCUGUGAUGAAGCAUGAGCCCUUGAGCCACAUUUUGCUGCCGACGCUUAUGAAGCAUGCAUGGACCAAGUAUGUGUAUUAGAAUGUUGGUGAAGUUGUCAUCCAUGCUGUUUCUUGUUACAUGCAGGAUUUGUAAUGAGAAACUCCUGUUACAAGACAGUGUGAGUGUGUAUUAUAUUAUGUAAAUUACUGAUUAUUUGUACCACUUUGUAUUGACAUUGCUGAACAUGGUCCAAGUUUGUUAAAUGAUUGGAUGGGUUAACUACCUUGUAUAUUCAGUGUUAAAGGACAAUGUAGACAUAUUUCCUAUUGUAAUGUAAAAAAAGAUGUAUUGGGAUGAUGUGUUGUACAUAUGUGGCUUGUUGUUUGUGAUGCUUACUGAUGUAACCAAUCUGGGGGAAACACCUGGAUGAAAAUUUAACCUUUGCUUUUCCUCUGUCUGAAAUCUUUCACUUAGGGCAGACCAAUUUUAUUUCUUGUUUUACGGAUCCGCCUGUCGUAUUUUUUCAAGAAUAAGAAAAAAAAUAUAAAUUAAUUUUCCCUGCUCAAAAAAUAAAAUCCUAAUGUUUUUAUGUGCCUAAAAUGUAAACUUACAAGAUAUUUCUUUUUAGAUUGUUCCCCCCAACCCCCAUAUACACUUCAUAAACUGCCGAAAGUAAAAUACUUUGAGUAUUUAGAAGGAAUAUUACUUUGACUGGUGAUUUUAUUUUUAUUUUUUUCCCCUCCUGCCUUUAGGUUUUCUGACAACAAAAAUUCCGUAAAACAAGAAAUAAAAUUGGUCUGGCCUUACUUGUGAGCUUUGUUUCCCUCAGCUGAACAUAUAUUUGUGUUGAUGUGUUGUGGCUUAAGUUGAAUCAGUUGUGUCUCAUGCCGUCGAUGUUCAGUUUACAUCUGAAUGACUAAGAUAAUAAUCUGCCUUUACUCUGAUAGAUGUUUUCAGUCUAAAAACUGUCCCUGUCUUCUUAUUAGCCAAGUUGAAAUAGAAAUAAAAUAAUUGUUAGGUAACACUUGUACAGAGUGGUUAAAAAAGCUAUAGAAUGUCUUUUGAGAUAUUGGGUUGAAGGUCACAUAACUUGCUUGGCAGAGUAAUGUCCCUUAGCUGUGUGAGGAUCUGCUGUGUGUUAUUUUCAUACUGGAUGCUCUUUGAUUUGUAUUCUUGGCCUCUCAGCACGAUACUUUGCCUUGUGAGUUGAACUAAAGUUGUCAAUGUCUACACUUUGUGUCACUCUAGGUUUUCCUAUCAUGUUAUACCCAUGAAGAUCCAGGUUAGAAUUGGUCUUCAGCAUCCCAUGCUUGUUGUAAAAGGCAACUAACGGGAUUGGGUGGUCAGGCUUGCUGAUUUGG